UCUGGUGGGCACGUCCAGUAAUGACUGGGGGAUCCCAGCAAGUAAUAUGACUAAAAAGAAGCGGGAGAAUCGGGGCGUCGCCCUAGAGAUCGAUGGGUUGGAGAAGAAGCUGUCACAGUGUCGCAGAGACCUGGAGAUUGUGAACUGCAGGCUCUUUGAAGAAUUGCUGAGCCCAGAAGCCAGGAGGUCUCUGGAGAGGGAGAAAAACAGCCUGAUGAGCAAAGUCUCCAACUAUGAGAAGGAGCUAAAGUUGCUUCGGCGGGAGAACAGGAAGAACAUGCUGCUCUCUGUGGCCAUCUUCAUCCUCCUGACCCUCAUCUACGCCUACUGGGUGGUGUGAGCCACCAUCUCUUCACAGCCAGCACAGGCUCCCCCCUCCGCUCCCUAGUCAGGGUCAAGCAGGUCUGUGAAGAUUCAGGGCCAGUGCAAGCGCUGUUCCUCCAUCCAGACUCCGAGCACAGCUUCCUGUCAGCACAGCCCGCUUGCCCCCGUCCUGCUCUGGGGCCUGGUCUCCAGGACGCUGUGCUGGCUCCUCCCUCAGCCUAAGAGAACGGCAAUAAAGAACACCAGGCUGCUCCUGU